GCCUGGCUGGCGUUCAGGAGAAGGAAGGCGCUGAGCUCAAACUACGGAAGCUCGGCGGCGCGGCGGCCUUUGGCGGGCUCGCGGACUUCAGAGUGUUUCUGGCUUUAAAAAAAUAGCUUGUAGAAAUGGGUCGCCGUUCAUCAGACACUGAAGAAGAGAACAGAAGCAGAAGAAAAAAGAAACAUCGUAGGAGGUCAUCUUCGAGCAGUUCUUCUGAUAGUAGAACUCACAGCCGUAAGAAAUCGGGAAGAAAGUCAAGAUCACGGUCUCGAGAUCUCCAGUUUCGUUCACAUUCAUAUGAAAAGAGGCAUAGGCAUCGAUCUAGCAGUAGCUCUUCAUAUGGAUCCAAGAGAAAACGGAGCCGCAGUCGAUCAGGAGGACGAGGAAAAUCAUAUCGGUCUCAGAGAUCACGAUCAAAAAGCCGAACAAGAAGAUCACACUCCAGACCCCAGCAACGUUCCUAUAGUCGAAGCAGUGAAAGGACCAGCCACAGAAGAACUCGUAGCAAGUCUCGUGAUAAAGAAAGACGCAAAGGCAGAGAUAAAGAGAAGGCAAGGGAGAAGGAACGGGCCAGGGGGAAAGAGAAAGAUCAGCAUUACACCAAAAGUGGAGAUGCUGGAAACAUCAAAGCUGGAUUAGAACAUCUGUCUGCUGCCGAACAGGCCAAAGCUAGAUUACAGUUGGUUCUUGAAGCUGCUGCUAAAGCUGAUGAAGCAUUAAAGGCUAAAGAGAGAAGUGAAGAAGAAGCAAAGAAGAAAAAGGAAGAAGACCAAACCAGCCUCGUAGAGCAAGUGAAACGAGUAAAAGAAAUUGAAGCAAUUGAAUGUGACUCCUUUGUUCCACAGACAUUCAGAUCAAGUAAAGAAGUCAAAAAGGCAACAGAAUCUGUUGAAGUGAAGAGUGAACCAGCAACAGCAGAAGUGGUAAAUGUUGGUCUGAGUGCUACAGAAAAAGAAUCCAUGCCUGGAAUUAUUCCUACUGCUAUCAAAUACCAAGAUGAGAACUCACUUGCCCAUCCCAAUCUCUUUGUUGACAAGGCAGAAGCAGAAGAAAGAUGGUUCCAGAGACUGAUUGCUCUUCGACAAGAGAGGCUAAUGGGCAGUCCUGUGGCUUGAGUGAAUUAAAUAGUCUACAGAAUUUCACUGUCUUCUGUUCUAUAAAAUCCCAGUGGUAAAAUUGGAUGAGUGUUGAAAUAAAUAUGGCCAAUGAGAAAAGGAAGAUUUUAACCUGGCCUCUAUUUGAUGCCGAUGUUGUUUUAAUUCAUUACUGUAAUAAUGUAACUAUGUGUACUCUGAAUGCCUGGUCCUUGCUUCACAGGUAAAAUGAAGGUGGAAUAAGAAAGAGCAUCAGAAGAACUGCUGAGGCAUUAUCCUGAAGGCAGUCAAGAGGCCUUGUCUAUGCUUUCUGAUGGUAUCCAGGCCUAUUAGAAAAAAAUAACAAGUGUCUUCCCGCAAGCUGUUUGCCAACUGUGAUACAAUUUCUUUAUAUUGAAAUCUUGAAAAUUAAAAGUUACCCAGAAUGAGACAUCUAUCAGUAGAAAACUUUAAAAUGUAUACCACUCUCUCUCAAAAGAAGCAAGCAAAUCUGAGUUUUUCUGUUCUUUGACAUUGAUAUUAUUAAAGUUUAAUCAUAUGCUUU